CGACGCGAGAAAACAUGCCGCAAAAUUUUUAAUGGGGACGCAGCAAAUACAGGAUUCCAUUAGAAGAAAUAAAAUAGUCAAACGGUGCAAGGAUUGCACGGACAAAAAGGCGCAAUAUAUCAAAUGAAAUGUCGGCCAAGCAGAAACAUACAAACCAUGAUCAUCUUUUGGAACAACGUUGGAGGAAAGUGCAACAACAGCGACUACACUUACCAAUGCCAAUUGGCUUUCUGCAAAGUGGCAACUCCAUGGCUGUGUCCCAAGCAGUGGACGCCUACAAACAGAACAUAGAGAGGGCUAAAGUUGUUCACAGCACAUCACCAGAGCCCAACUUCCCUCUAUCUAUGCAAAGUGAUGAUCGGAAGCAAAGAAUGAAUUACAUCUUUUUGAAGCAGUGUGUCGAAAGCCGCCCAGUCACUCCAUUCCCCCAGGAGUGGAUUAACUCCAUAAAUGGUCAAAUCCCUUCUUAUCUAAAAGACAACCCAAAGAAAGCUAAACUGCUGAAAGAUCUAUUCACAGAAGUCAGUGACAACUUCCAUGAUGUCAUUAUCAAACAUACAGUGUACAUGUUCCUAAAAGAUCCAGAACAUGAAGAACCUCCCCUGGAAACACAAAAAUCUCUUCCACCUGAUAUUCAUAAAUUUUCCCAAGCACGAUGUGAAACCUUUGUCAAAAAUCGUAACUUGAUGGAGGCAAAUUUACACAUUCUACACCCCACAAUGCAAACCCUUUUGGAAAUUGGCCACACAACCUUCUCUUCAAUGGACUUGAUUGAUCUUACAGGAUAUAGGGCUUUCGACAAUGUUGAUAGUAAAGAGUUGCAGAAAAAACUGGCUUUAAAAUGUGAGACAACAGAAGAACAAAUCAUGAAGACCUGGUUCCCUAAAGUCAUCAAUUUAUUGACAAGUCCAAAAACAUUGGGCUCAGUUAAAGAAGAUGUACUAGAUGCCUUCUAUAAAUCUGCAUGUACACUCAUCUCCAAUCAGCUGAAAGCCUUAAAUCAGAGGAGUGUGGAGGCAUUUGUCUAUCCAUUUCAAAAGAAAAACCACCACUUUUUACCCAGCUUUCAUAUGGCUCUUACAUUUGAUGAUGGAAAAAUGGGAAUAAACCCCACCUUACUGGAACUUGAGGAAGAUGUUUUUGAAAUUCUCAAUACAAUAACAAAUACACUGCAGAAAGUGCAGACAGUUCAGUCAUGGCUAGCAGAAUCCACAACUGCAUUUGUGGAUGCCAAGGCCCCUGAUCACACGCUUGCUUGGGCUCAUGCCACUGUAAGGGCAACUGUUCGCACAAAUCUAGAAGAACCUGCUCGGUACUUUCAAAAUUAUGUGGAGAACUAUGACUGGCUGGUCAAUGGAACUGCCCAGACUAGAGUUGAGGCCUUUGUGGAGGAAACCCACUCAUUUGCUGAAUACAUUAAGCAAGUGGAGGAGUUUAGUAGCUUGUCAAGGGAGCUUGAAAAACUCCCAUCCAAAGUUCUCUUUCCAAUGGUCCAGUUGUAUUGUGAGCAGCUGAACCACGGACUGGCUAAAAAAGCCAAAGAUUAUGCAGAAAUACUUAUCAGGAACAUGAAAACCAAGCACAGUGAACAAAAUCUACAGAUCUGUUCAGAAUUUGAAACCAUUCAAGAAACAGCUUUACAUGUGCCAGAGACUACGGAGGACAUGGCCAAAAUGAUUGACUACAUUGAAAUAACUAAGACACAGAAUAUUGCACUUCUUCAUGAAAAGAUAAAGAAAUCCCACCAAAGACUGAGCUACCUUCUUGAUGUCCACAUAUUUGAACCUGAGGAUCUAGACCUUAAUUCAACUGUUUUAACUUGGCCAUUGAAAAUCCAAGAGGUCUUUGAAAUUAGCGACGAGGUUUUGCAGGAGGCCAAAAGAAAAGGGGAGCAGGAGAUGCUUGCUAAGAGAGAAAGGGUCACAGUUCAUCUGGCCAAGUUGAAACGAAGGGUUGACGAGUUCCCGCACUGCUCUGAACUUGAUAUGAUGCAGCAGUACUUGACAGAGGUCCGAACAGUUCAGAACUUUCUUCAGCAGGCUGAAGAAACAAUUGUUGACAUCCACAAAGACGAGGUGUUUCAUCAAUGGGAAGCAACAAAUUUCCCAGAAGUGGAGGUUAUGAGAGACAGUAUUGAACAAUACCAGAAUUUGUUUGGCCUGCUACUAAAAUGGCAACGUGCUCAGAGCAGCUGGAUGGAUGGUUCUUUUGUGGAUCUAGAUGGUGAUGGAAUGGAGGCAAAAAUAGAUGAAUUCUUCAGGGAGAUCUUCAAAAUGUUGAAAUACUUCCAGCAAAAAACAGGCACGAAUAAAAAGGAAGCUCAAAAGAUAACUGCAAUGUCCAGACGACGACACAGAGAUAAUGAUAUAAACGACGAAGAGGGUCCUUCAAAAUUGUGUUCUACUGUACUCGAGCAAGUCAAAGAGUUCAAGGAGUACGUCCCUUUAGUCUCUGUACUGUGCAAUCCGGGCAUCAGAGGUCGCCACUGGGAGCAGAUGUCGCAAAUUGUUGGGUAUGAGCUCACUCCUGAUGCUGGAACAACGCUACGCAAAGUCCUCAAGCAAAACUUAACUCCUUACCUGGAAGAAUUUGCAUCAAUCAGUGCCGCUGCUAGUAAAGCAAGUAUUCUCUUACAGAAGUUUUAUGUUACUGAGGAAAAACAAGUCUUUGUUUUCACCUUGCAGGAGUUCUCGAUGGAAAAAGCACUGAAAAACAUGGUUACUGUUUGGGAUGGUAUUUCUCUCAACCAUCAGCCAUACAGAGACACUGGUGUGUCCAUUCUGACUGCUUUGGAUGAAAUUCAGGCCUUGCUAGAUGACCAGAUUGUGAAAACGCAGACCAUGAGAAGCUCACCAUUCAUCAAGCCCCUUGAAAAAGAGAUAAAGAUUUGGGAGGAAAAUCUUAUUCGUAUCCAAGAGACCAUUGAUGAGUGGUUGAAGGUGCAGGGUCAGUGGCUGUAUCUUGAGCCCAUAUUCUGUUCUGCUGACAUCAUGCAGCAGAUCCCAGAAGAAGCACAACUCUUCCAAAUUGUUGACAAAAACUGGAAAGAGGUCAUGGAGCAUUGUGUUAAGGACUCAAAGCUUCUAGAGGCAACCUCCAUGCCCGGUCUACUUGAGAAACUACAAGAGUCUAACUGCCACCUUGACACCAUCAUGAAAGGACUAAAUGACUAUUUGGAGAAAAAGCGACUCUUUUUUCCAAGGUUUUUCUUUUUGUCCAACGAUGAAAUGCUGGAAAUUCUUUCAGAGACCAAAGAUCCUCUGCGUGUACAGCCCCAUCUAAGGAAGUGCUUUGAGGGUAUUGCUAAACUGGACUUCCUACCAAACCUCGACAUUCAGGCCAUGUACAGCAGUGAAGGGGAGCGUAUUGCCCUGAUUCAACUCAUCUCCACAGCUGAGGCUAAGGGAGCUGUGGAAAAGUGGCUGGUAAAAGUGGAAGACCUGAUGAUUCGUAGCAUCCGAGAUGUAGUGGAUCGCUCCAGAACGGCCUAUGCUGAAACCCCACGGAACCAGUGGGUAAAGGAAUGGCCCGGUCAGGUGGUGAUAUGUACCUCACAAAUGUUCUGGACCUCGGAGGUACAUGAAGCCAUUAGAGGAGGAGCUGAAGGUGUGAAAAAUUGUCUCCAUCAACUCCAAAAACAGCUCAGUGACAUUGUAGGCUUGGUGAGAGGGAAAUUACCCAAACAAACACGGAUCACUUUGGGAGCACUGGUGACAAUUGAUGUCCAUGCCAGGGAUGUGGUUUUGGAGCUCAUUGACCACGGUGUAGUAAAUGAAAAUGAUUUCCGAUGGCUAGCCCAGCUUCGCUAUUACUGGAGCAACGGUGAUGUUCGAGUUCACAUCAUGAACUGUGAUGUUCGGUAUGCUUAUGAGUAUUUGGGCAACUCUCCUCGGCUGGUCAUUACCCCACUGACUGACAGAUGCUACAGAACUCUGAUUGGCGCUUUCUUUCUAAAUUUGGGUGGUGCUCCUGAGGGCCCAGCUGGAACUGGAAAGACAGAAACCACUAAGGAUCUCGCCAAAGCUUUAGCUGUGCAAUGUGUGGUCUUCAACUGUUCUGAUGGGCUGGAUUACCUUGCUAUGGGAAAAUUUUUCAAAGGUUUGGCUUCAUCUGGAGCUUGGGCUUGUUUCGACGAAUUCAACCGCAUUGAACUUGAGGUCUUGUCUGUUGUGGCCCAGCAAGUCCUCUGCAUCCAGAGGGCUAUUGAAAUGAAAUUGGAGUACUUUGACUUUGAAGGAACCAUGCUUAAACUCAACCCUAACUGUUUUGUUUCAAUCACAAUGAAUCCCGGUUAUGCUGGGCGCUCUGAACUCCCUGACAACCUCAAGGUGUUGUUUCGAACAGUGACCAUGAUGGUGCCCAAUUAUGCACUGAUUGCAGAGAUAUCUCUCUAUUCUUGUGGAUUCCUAAAUGCCAAGCCUCUGUCAGUCAAGAUUGCAAUGACUUACAGGCUCUGCUCUGAGCAGCUUUCCUCCCAGUUCCAUUACGAUUAUGGCAUGAGGGCUGUCAAAGCCGUUCUUGUGGCUGCAGGAAACCUCAAGCUCAAGUAUCCCGAUCAGAAUGAGGACGUACUGCUUUUGAGGUCGAUAAAAGAUGUUAACGAGCCUAAGUUUCUUUCGCAUGAUAUUCCACUGUUCAAUGGAAUCACCAGUGAUUUGUUCCCUGGUAUCUCCCUUCCUGAGGCUGACUAUAAGCUGUUUUUGGAAGUUGCUGAAAAGUGUUGUAAAAAGCACAAUUUACAGACAACAAAGAUCUUCAUGGAGAAGAUAAUCCAGACAUAUGAGAUGAUGACUGUUCGGCAUGGGUUCAUGUUAGUGGGAGAGUCAUUUGCAGGAAAAACAAAAGUGCUGCAUGUUCUCGCUGACACACUGAUUCUGAUGAACGAGAAAGGGUAUGGAGAGGAAGAAAAGGUCAUCUUCAAGACAUUAAACCCAAAGUCUAUUACCAUGGGACAGCUCUUUGGGCAGUUUGAUUUUGUUUCUCAUGAGUGGACCGAUGGGAUUGUGGCCAAUACAUUUCGGGACUAUGCAUCAUCUGUAACACUGGACCGUAAAUGGGUGGUGUUUGAUGGCCCAAUAGAUACACUGUGGAUUGAAAGUAUGAACACUGUGCUGGAUGACAACAAAAAGUUAUGUCUCAUGAGUGGAGAAAUUAUCCAGAUGUCCAAUCAGAUGAGUCUAAUUUUUGAAGCGAUGGAUUUGUCACAGGCCUCUCCUGCAACAGUCAGUCGAUGUGGUAUGAUUUACAUGGAACCUUCUCAAUUGGGCUGGGAGCCUUUGGUGAUUUCCUGGAUGAACACACUUCCUGAUGUUCUGAAGAGUCCUGAGCAUAACUAUCUGCUGCAAGAACUCUUUUACUGGCUGCUUCCACCUUCCUUCGGGAUAGUGCGUAAACACUGCAGAGAAGUUGUCCCCACAACCAACUGGAAUACAUCUGUGUCCUUAUGUAGACUGUUUGAAAUGCUGCUUACUGAACCGCUGAAGACAGAGAAAAAUGAUAAAACGAUUCGCACCUGGAUUAUGGCAGCUUUUUCCUUUUCCCUAGUGUGGUCUGUGGGUGGCAGCUGUGAUUCAAAAAGCAGAGAGAAGUUUAGUGAGUUCAUCAGGGAUAUAGUGUCUGGAAAAAUACCAUAUCAUCCAGUUCCAGAUGUUGUGGGCAAAUGGGAGUGCCCAGUAGAUGAAAAAGGCCUGGUGUAUGACUAUUUCUACAAGUUUGAAGGAAAGGGCAAGUGGAUUCACUGGAAUGAUGCCAUCAAAAGUGUCAGCUUAGGAGACAAAAACACCAUGGUGCAGGACAUCAUUGUGCCUACCAUCGACUCUGUUCGAUACACCUACCUAAUGCACAUUUGUAUCAGCUAUGGAGUGCCUUUGCUGUUGUCUGGCCCUACUGGCACUGGAAAGUCAGUUUAUGUGAAGCAGAAGUUGAUGAACGGUCUGGACAAGGAACUCUUUUUACCCCUCUUAGUCAAUUUUUCAGCCCGCACCACUGCCAACCAAACCCAGAACAUUAUCAUGGCAAAAUUAGACAAGAGACGGAAAGGUAUAUUUGGUCCCCCCAUUGGAAAGAAAUACCUCAUAUUUGUAGAUGAUGUGAAUAUGCCAGCGCUGGAGCAAUUUGGAGCUCAGCCUCCCGUGGAGCUUCUUCGACAGUUUAUGGAUCACAAAAAGUGGUAUGACCUGAAAGAUACAUCUGGCAUCAAAUUAGUUGACAUCCAGAUUAUUACAGCCAUGGGUCCUCCUGGUGGGGGGAGGAAUGCGGUGACAUCUCGUUUUCUGCGCCACUUCAAUAUUUUUAGCAUAAAUUCUUUCAGUGAUGAGACAAUGGUUCGGAUCUUCUCCAGCAUGGUGGCAUUCUACCUCAAGAACAAUGACUUUCCGCCAGAAUAUUUUACAGUUGGCACUCAAACUGUGACAGCAACAAUGGAAGUCUACAAGCAAGCAGUGGAAAACUUGCUUCCGACACCAGCCAAGUCUCACUACACUUUUAAUUUGCGGGAUUUCUCACGUGUUAUACAAGGGUGUCUGCUUGUGAAAAGCAAAUCUCUGGAGAACAAACACACCAUGAUACGUCUGUUUGUCCACGAGGUUUUCCGUGUCUUUUACGACCGCUUGGUGGAUGACCUGGAUCGAGCAUGGUUUUAUCAGCUGAUGACCAAGAUCCUCAAAGAUCACUUCAAUGAAGCAUUCAACCAGGUGUUUGAUCACCUAAAACAAGGCAGUAAAUUGGUCGAGCAAGACAUGCAGAAUCUACUUUUUGGAGACUACAUGAACCCUGACUUCGAGGCAGAUGAACGCUUGUAUGCAGAGGUGCCUUCUGUAGAAAGCUUUGCUGAGGUGGUAGAGGCAUGUCUUGUUGAAUACAAUCAGAUGACCAAGAACCACAUGAAUCUUGUCAUUUUCCGCUAUGUCUUGGAGCACCUGUCCCGUAUAAGCCGUGUGUUGAAGCAGCCAGGAGGAAAUGCCUUGCUAGUAGGAGUAGGAGGAAGUGGGCGCCAAUCCACCACUCGUUUGGCUACGUUCAUCGCUAAGAUGAAACUGUUCCAACCUGAAAUCUCCAAAAACUACAGCAUGAUUGAGUGGAGAGAUGACCUUAAGAAGCUUCUCAAGGAUGCAGGAGUGAAAGGUCAAAAAAUUGUUUUUUUGCUGACUGAUGCUCAGAUCAAGGAUGAGGCUUUUCUAGAAGAUAUAAACAGUUUCCUAAACACAGGAGAGGUACCUAAUCUGUUUGCUACUGAUGAGAAACAAGAUAUCAUUGAGUCAAUAUGUCCUAUCGCCCAAGCGAAGAAUAAAAGUCUAGAGUUGAGCCCUUUGUCUCUGUUUGCCUAUUUCCUGGCACGCUGCAAGGAGAACCUUCACAUUGUUGUGGCUUUUAGUCCUAUCGGGGAAUCCUUCCGUACUCGCCUGCGCCAGUUUCCAUCUCUAAUUAACUGUUGUACCAUUAACUGGUUUCAGCCCUGGCCAGAGGAGGCUCUUGAGCGGGUAGCAAACUCUUUCUUAAAGCCACUGGAGUUAAAAGAAGAUGAGAGGAAGGAGGUCAUACUUAUUUGCAAAACAUUUCACACCUCUGCUUGUCAGCUUUCAGAUAGAUUCUUCUCUGAGCUUGGUCGUCAUAAUUAUGUGACGCCCACAUCCUAUCUAGAGCUCAUGUCAGCUUUCAGUGAUCUCCUCACGAUGAAAAGAGAUGCCGUGAUGAAGGCAAAGAAAAGAUACACUAGCGGUUUGGAAAAACUUGCCUUUGCUGAGUCUGAGGUUGGUGAGAUGAAACUGGAACUGGUCAAAUUACAGCCCAAACUGGAAGUGGCACAGAUGGAAAAUGAUAAAAUGAUGGCGGUGAUCGCCGUGGAGUCUGUGGAGGUGGAAGCUAAAAGUAAACUAGUUCGUGUUGAGGAGGAGGCCACGGCUGUUCAAGCUACUAAAGCGCAAGCUCUCAAGGAUGAGUGUGAUAGUGAACUGGCUGAGGCCAUACCAGCCCUAGAGGAGGCAAUUGCAGCUUUAAACACCUUGAAGCCUGCUGACGUCACUGUUGUGAAGUCCAUGAAAAACCCUCCUGCUGGAGUUAAGUUGGUGAUGUCAGCCAUAUGUGUAAUGAAGGGAAUGCCUCCAGACAAGGUGGCAGAUCCCAGUGGUUCUGGAAAAAAGGUUUUGGACUACUGGGGUCCAAGCAAGAAGCUACUUGGUGACAUGAACUUUUUAAAGGAUCUAAAAGAAUAUGAUAAGGAUAAUAUUCCAGAGGACUCAAUGCUAAAAAUCCGUACUAUCUACAUGAACAAUCCUGACUUCAACCCUGCUAAAGUGGCAAAAGCCUCCUCGGCAGCAGAGGGCCUGUGCAAGUGGAUCAAAGCAAUGGAGUCCUAUGACAGAGUGGUUAAGAUUGUGGCACCCAAAAAGGCGAAACAAAUUGAAGCUCAGACAACCCUAGCAUCGGCGAUGGCUGAGUUAUCAGAAAAGAGAGCCCAACUAAAAGAGGUUGAGGACCGUUUAGCUGACCUGAAGAGAACAUCAGAGGAAAAAAGAGAGGAAAAAGUCAAACUUGAAACCCAAAGGGAUUUGUGUCAACAGAAGUUACAGAGAGCUGAAAAACUCAUUGGUGGUCUGGGUGGGGAGAAAACUAGAUGGUCGAAGGCUGCUGAUGAUCUGCAAAACACAUAUGACAACCUCACUGGAGAUGUCCUUAUUUCUGCUGGUGUCAUUGCCUACCUGGGUGCUUUCACUUCCAGCUUCAGACAGAAUUGCACCAGUCGUUGGAUCAAAUUGUGUCAAUCAAGGAGCAUCCCAUCGUCGGAUGAUUUCGCUCUCAGUAAGACCUUGGGAGAUCCUAUUAAGAUUAGAGCAUGGAACAUUGCUGGCCUCCCCACUGACUCAUUCUCGAUUGACAACGGUGUCAUUACCUUUAAAUCACGUCGCUGGCCCCUGAUGAUUGAUCCCCAGGGACAGGCAAACAAAUGGGUGAAGAAUUCAGAGAAAGACAACAAUUUGCACAUUAUCAAAUUAACCGAUGAUGAUUAUAUGAGAACCGUAGAAAACUGUAUACAAUUUGGAAGCCCAGUACUACUUGAAAAUGUAGGAGAAGAAUUGGACCCCUCACUGGAGCCUCUACUCCUGAAACAAACCUUCAAACAAGGUGGUGUGGAAUGUAUAAAACUAGGGGAGAGUGUGAUUGAGUACUCCUCUGAAUUCCGCUUCUACAUCACCACCAAGUUGAGGAAUCCGCAUUAUUUACCAGAGCUGGCCACCAAAGUGUCUGUGCUGAAUUUCAUGAUCACUCCUGAGGGCUUGGAGGACCAGCUGUUGGGAAUUGUAGUUGCCAAGGAAAGGCCAGAGCUCGAAGAGGAAAGAAAUGCACUCAUCUUACAGUCAGCUGCAAACAACAGGCAACUAAAGGAAACUGAGGACAAGAUCCUUGAGACACUUUCUUCCUCAGAGGGAAAUAUUUUGGAAGAUGAGAGUGCAAUUCAGGUCUUGGACUCUGCAAAGAUCAUGUCCAAUGAGAUUACAAAGAAACAAAAGAUUGCAGAGGAGACUGAGAUUAUGAUAGCCGAGUCGAGGGAGUGUUACAGAUCGAUUGCCAAACACUCCUCUGUCCUGUUCUUUACUAUUGCCGAUCUAACCAACAUUGACCCAAUGUAUCAGUACUCUCUGAGCUGGUUUGUCAACCUCUACAUAAACUCUAUUCAAGACAGUAAAAAAUCCAAAAUCCUGGAAAAGAGGGUCAUGUACCUGGUUGAUCACUUCACCUAUAAUUUGUUUUGCAAUAUCUGUCGCUCCCUAUUUGAGAAAGAUAAACUUCUAUUCUCCUUCAUCCUCUGCUGCAAUCUGCUUCUGGCUAAAAAGGAGAUUGAGUACUCUGACUUGAUAUUCUUGAUGACUGGAGGAGUGGGCCUGCAAAAUACGCUUGCAAAUCCUGAUCCAAGCUGGCUGCAAGACAAGAGCUGGGAUGAAAUUUGUCGAGCCAAUGAGCUUCCUGGCUUGAAAGGAUUUAAAGACGCUUUCAUUCGGGAUCCAGAACUUUUCAAGCCUAUUUUUGACAGCAAAGAUCCAAGCACAGUUCCUUUGCCCUCCCCUUGGGAUGAAAAACUCAAUGAACUGCAGAAGAUGAUCAUUGUACGCUGUCUAAGGCCUGACAAGAUUGUGCCGGCUGUGAAUCGUUACGUGGUAACUAAGCUAGGGAAAAAAUUUGUACAGCCCCCUCCUUUUGACCUAAGCAAGAGCUACAUGGAUUCUAAUGCCACCAUCCCACUACUGUUUGUGCUUUCUCCUGGUGCUGACCCCAUGGCUAGUUUACUGAAGUUUGCUGCUGACAAGAACAUGGGUGGUAACAACUUCCAGUCCAUUUCUCUGGGACAGGGCCAAGGACCAAUUGCGAACAAAAUGAUAUCUACGGCCAUGCAGAAUGGGACCUGGGUGUGUUUGCAGAAUUGCCAUCUGGCUGUGUCUUGGAUGUCCACAUUGGAAAAGAUUUGUGAGGAAUUCAGUCCAGCAACAUGCCAUCAGGACUUCAGACUUUGGCUCACAAGCUACCCUUCGCCCAAGUUUCCAGUGACCCUUCUUCAGAAUGGAGUGAAAAUGACAAAUGAGCCCCCGACAGGACUUCGAUUAAACAUACUGCAGUCAUACAUGUCUGAUCCUGUUUGUGACCAAGCCUUCUUUCAUAAUUGUACAAAUAAGGAACUGGUCUGGGAAAAGCUCCUGUAUGGCCUGUGCUUCUUCCAUGCACUUGUUCAGGAGAGAAGAAAGUUUGGCCCACUUGGCUGGAAUAUUCCUUAUGGUUUUAAUGAGACUGACCUUCACAUAAGUAUCAGACAGCUCCAGUUGUUUAUCAAUCAAUACGAAGAUGUGCCCUUCGAAGCCAUAACUUACCUGACCGGAGAAUGCAACUACGGGGGCCGUGUAACUGACAAUUGGGAUCGGCGCCUCCUCAACACCAUGUUGGCUGACUUCUAUAAUAAAGAUGUUGUGGAUAAACCUUCUUAUCCCUUUUCACCCAGCGGUGACUAUGUUGCCCCACCUAAAUUGUCCUAUGAUGAAUACCUUCAGUUUAUCAGAGAUCUUCCACUCAGCCAGCAUCCAGAAAUAUUUGGGAUGCACGAAAAUGUGAGCAUUUCAAAGGACCUGCAGCAGACCAAGGUGUUGUUUGAUUCACUGCUUCUCACCCAGGGAGGAGGUGCUAAGGGAGGAGGUAGCUCUGGGAAUGACAGUGCGGUGUUUGACAUAGCAAAUGACAUCCUCACUAAGCUUCCAAACAAUUUUGACCUUGAAAUAUCGCUCAAUAAGUACCCAGUGCUUUACAACGAGAGUAUGAACACUGUACUUGUCCAAGAAAUGGAGCGCUACAACCAUCUGAGCACUGCCAUCCGUGUGAGUCUUCAGAACCUGCUUAAGUCCCUCAAAGGCUUAGUGGUUAUGGAUGCUGAGUUGGAGGGAAUUGCAAAUAGUCUGGCAGUGGGCAGGGUUCCAGAACAAUGGGCCAAACGCUCAUACCCCAGCCUCAAGCCCCUUGGCAGUUACAUUAAUGAUUUUCUCUCAAGGCUUGGGUUUUUGCAGGAAUGGUUCAAUUUCGGUAAGCCCAGUGUGUUCUGGCUGUCGGGAUUCUUCUUCACCCAAGCCUUUCUAACAGGGGCUACACAGAACUACGCCAGGAAAUACAACAUUCCCAUUGACUUGUUGGGCUUUGACUUUGAGGUUUUACCUAUUGAUCAGUCUGACAUGCCUCCAGAAGAUGGUGUCUUUAUUAAUGGUUUGUUUCUUGAUGGAGCUCGAUGGGACAAGCAAAGUGGAGUAUUAGUGGAGCAGCAUCCUAAAAUCCUCUUCGAUACAGUGCCCAUUAUCUGGAUAAAACCUACAAAGGACAUACCAGAUGAAUCUGACGAUCGCUACGUCUCUCCUCUCUACAAGACCAGUGAGAGGAGGGGCACUCUUUCUACAACAGGACACUCCACCAAUUUUGUUGUUCCAAUGUUGUUGCCCACUACCAAGCGCCCUCAACACUGGAUCAAGCGUGGUGUCGCGCUACUCUGUCAGCUAGAUGACUGAAAUUGUCCAAAGUUUUUGCAAAAUAAUUUUUCUGGCCAUCCAUUCAAUAUGAAUUGAAUCCAAAUGGCAUGCAAACAGUUGACCCACGUGUUUAUCGUAACUUUCCCACUUAACACUGUUACUGUUUUUAAGAAUGGUAAAAGUUACUGUAAUUUCCGCAUGCUAGGUCACUUCUGACUAAAAGCAGCACAGCUUAAUUUUACAAAAAAUAAAUAAAUAAAUAAAAAUCCUGAUACACUGCACCUGACGAUAGGCCACAUGUGUUUAUGUCUUAGUAUAGAAUAUUUACUUAGGGCGGAAAACACUCAGGUGAUUUGAAGUUCCACUCAGGGACCCCCAAU